UACGUAAAAUGUCUAUUUAUCGCUAAAUUCCGCCAAAUAAUCUCACUUCACAUCCGAAUUAUAAUAUUGAUCAUUUUUCAUUUUAUUGCUGGCAUUCAUUUGUACAAGUGCGAAAGUGUUAAAAGUGAGUUCGUUAGUAUUAAAAUACUUGUCAGAUGUGUGCCACUUUGAAUGCUGCAGGUCGAAUGGUCACUUGAAUACCUACGAUUUCCUCAAAGAAAAGCCAAUGAACCCUGAAAAUGCGCCAUGGAUAAAGGAUUAUCAUUCUUAUUACAAUAUGCGAAUAUGCGGCUACGUGGACAUGGUGUGUUGCUUAGUGGCGACUAUUUCAAACUUUUUAAUCAUCAUGGUGUUCACAAGAAACACCACUGUAUCACCUACAAACACAAUCUUCAUUCACAUUGCCAUCACCGAAUCACUGGCCAUCCUUAGCUUCUUACCUCGCUCAUGGCACGAAUAUUAUCGAGUGGAGCGGUGUUCAAUAGAUAUUCACCGAACAUACGGAUGGGAGAAUUUAGCUCUUAAUUCGUACAUGAUCGCAUUUGCAUUUCGCCACGUGGUAGUUUGGCUUACGGUGAUGCUGGGAGUAUGGCGAUACAUAGCAGUAGUACACCCGCUGAAAAAGAGGCAAUGGUGCGAUGAUAUGGGAGUAACGCAGAGAUGGAUAAUCGGAGCGUAUAUUUUUGGAUUUUUAAUCACGAUACCGCCUUACACAAAUAGUGCAGUUCAACCGUCCAUCAUACUACUCGAUGAAGAAAUGUGUUUAGCCUCAAUAUCAACCGCUGGCAAUAGUACCAAAAACGUUACUAUCUACGAAUUCAAAGUCACAGUCGAAAGUACUCCUACUUAUUACUCAUUCCUGAUGAUCAGCUACGGAAUUUUAAUAAAAAGUCUACCUGCAAUUGUUCUUACUGUGAUCUGCUUCAAGUUAAUCUGUGCCCUAAUCAAAGCACGAAAACAUCGAGCAGUGAUGGUUGCAAGUUUGAAUCAAAAACUCAUGGAAAAACGAACGGAUCGAACGACGAUAAUCUUGUUACUCAUAUUGGCAUUAUUCAUAGCAACAGAAAUUCCCCACGGAAUAUGCGCCACUAUAACAGGAUUCUUGGGUCCAAAAUUUUAUUGGGGGUACUAUUAUUACAUAAUGGAAGUAGCAAAUACCUUCGUGCAUAUUUCCUCGAGUUUUAAUUUCGUGUUCUAUUAUACGAUGAGCAAUCAAUUCAGGACAACUUUCAAAGCAUUAUUCAAAUCAAAUGGCGAUACUCGUAGAUCGUCUCGCGAUGGACAUUACAUGAACUCAGUAUCUCAAUUGGGUAUCAAUAAAAUAGAACAUGUGGGAAUUUAAAGUUUUAUUAUUUAUAUUCAUAGAUUAAGUACAGCAGCAAAUCAUCAAUCAGUUUUAAAUGCAUCCAUAAUCUUAAUAACAUACCUAUAGGUAUAUGAUAUGUAAGUCAUUAAUUAAAUUAAUUACACCAAUGAAGCAAAUCGAUGCAAUAAAUUUUACUCGUGAUUUUAAUAUCAUGUACAAAUAUUUACCUACUUGCAUUUGCUUCACU